UCUCAAUCUCCUUUCAAUAAAAUGGCUUCUCAGACCGGUGCUAAUGGCACCCCCGCGUCCAACUCCUUCACUGUCAAGGCGGGGUUGGCCCAGAUGUUGAAGGGUGGCGUUAUUAUGGACGUCGUCAAUGCAGAGCAGGCUCGUAUUGCCGAAGAGGCCGGUGCUGCCGCCGUCAUGGCCCUCGAACGUGUCCCCGCUGAUAUCCGCGCUCAAGGAGGUGUCGCUCGCAUGUCCGAUCCCGGAAUGAUCAAGGAGAUCAUGGAGGCCGUAACUAUUCCUGUCAUGGCCAAGGCCCGUAUUGGUCACUUUGUUGAGUGCCAGAUCCUCGAAGCCAUUGGCAUCGAUUACAUUGACGAGUCUGAAGUCCUUACCCCUGCUGAUAACCUAUAUCACGUCACAAAGCACGGCUUCAAGGCUCCCUUUGUCUGCGGCUGCCGUAACCUCGGUGAGGCUCUCCGCCGUAUCUCCGAGGGUGCUGCCAUGAUCCGUACCAAGGGUGAGGCGGGUACCGGUGAUGUUGUCGAGGCUGUCAAGCACAUCCGCACCGUCAAUGCCGAUAUUGCCCGUGCCCGUGCUAUUCUCAAGUCCUCCGAGGACCCCGAGCCCGAGCUGCGCGCCUACGCCCGCGAGCUUGGCUGCCCGUACGAGCUCCUCCGCGAGACUGCCGAGCUGGGCCGUCUCCCCGUUGUGAACUUCGCUGCUGGUGGUGUUGCCACUCCUGCCGAUGCCGCCCUCAUGAUGCAGCUGGGUUGCGACGGAGUUUUCGUCGGUUCCGGUAUUUUCAAGUCUGGGGAUGCCAAGAAGCGCGCCAAGGCUAUUGUCCAGGCUGUGACUCACUACAAGGACCCUCUGAUGCUCGCACAGGUGAGCGAGGGUCUAGGUGAGGCUAUGGUCGGCAUCAACGUGUCGCAGAUGCAGGACGCUGAUAAGCUGGCCAAGAGAGGGUGGUAAACAAGCCUUCUUCUUGGAACUUUUGUGGUCUAACAUCAUUUAUGGGGCGUUGGAAAAAAAGGGAAAAAAAUUUGGUAUGUCACGAGCGAGGUCAAGAUUUUCAACUUCUUGCAUUGUAUUGGGAUUUGCAUAGUCUUAAAGGAGGCUAGCGCUGUAUAUUGUUAAUAACGAGGCAUAUGAAAAGUAUUCUCUAUUAGACACCAUGCACCCCCUCCAUGUAUAAGAUGCCAAAGCGUCUUAGAUUCGCAUGACUUUUAAAAAUAGAUUUGAUGCUAUACUACUUAGUUAUCAGUUAUCUUGGUACGAAGAACUCUGAC